AGAGAUAAAUGAUAGAACGAACUACUUCGCAUGAAAUAAAGCAUCGCUAGAAGGAUAAUCUUAUCUUUGCUUCGAGAUUUUACAGACGCUGGCAUUGAGAUUAAGUAAACAAUACAAUCACUAAUUUACAUUAUGAAAACAGUACCGUAGCCCCGGAAUGCAUGAACCGCGAGCAAAAGGCGUAACGAAUAUCACGUUUCGCUAUAUUUGUACGCCUUAUCUGUCACACACACACAUACACACAGGCGCGAUUCUGCUAAUAUCAAAAGUCAUUGAGCCGCUGUGUGUGACGCUAGCUGUCAUCAGUCCAAGUAAAGCAGGCAACGGCAGCGGUCGCACAUACCGGGGGUACGCAGUUUAUCAUAAUUCAAAAAAAAAAUCUACAACACGUUAUCAGCGUACCAUCAUGUGCGACGAAAACGAAAUAAAGGCAGCCUUCGAAACAGUGCUGGAAUUGGUGAAACAGUGUAACGAAAUAGUGCUCGAGGGAUUUCGCUCCGCUUCUAAGCAGGUGGAGGUGAAAGGUAAACAUUGGGAUCUGGUGACCGUGUACGACCAGCGAGUGGAGGACAUUUUGAUCGCGGGACUUCGGCAACAGUUUCCACAUCACAAAUUUUGCGCAGAAGAAUCGGCGUUCGCUAGUGGAGCCAAGCUGAUUCUCGGACCGGAGCCAACGUGGAUAAUUGAUCCAAUUGAUGGCACGGUCAACUUCGUGCGAGGCGUACCCUUCACGUGUAUUUCUGUCGCACUGGCGGUCAAUCAUGAACUACAGAUCGCAAUCAUAGCGAACCCAACCGCCAAUGAGCUAUUCACUGCCAUUAAAGGGCAAGGGUCAUUCCUGAACGGUUCCCGGAUCCACACGCGCAACACGAAGGAACUGAAGGAUGCCCUCGUGGGACAUGAAUUUUCCAUCGGAAGCUAUAAGCCGAUACGGGCGGCCCUGUUUGAGCGGGGCCAGAGGUUCAUCGCGGAGUGCGUAGGAUUGCGUGCGUUUGGUUCCGCCGCUCUCUCACUAGCAUACAUCGCUAGCGGACAGAUCGAUGCCUAUAGCAUACAGUAUCUUAAACCGUGGGACAUUGCAGCAGGCGCGCUGCUGAUCCAGGAAGCUGGCGGCACGGUUAUUAGCAUCACAGGAGGACAGUACGACAUUAUGAAGCCAGAUAUUAUAGCCGCCAGUAGUGAACCGUUGGCUCAAACGAUACUGAACAUAGUACGCGACGUUGAUGAGAAGCUAGCUCAAAUCAAGGAGUAAUACUGCCUGCCCUCCACAACCGCACUAACUAAUGGUAUACGAGCCAUUGGGUGCAGCUUUAAUUGAUAAGCAAUAAAUAUAUUGUAAUGUGUCAGGUUGAGGUUAUCGAAGAAAAAAAAAACUUUUUUUGUCGUUACCAUUACCAUACCUUUACCGAUGGUGAUGUAAAUACAGACGGUCCUCGAAAUACACGGUUAAUAGGGACCGAAAA